UGUUGAACUAUAUAGAUCACAUUUGCGAUGUGAAUGGAUUGAAAAAGACAGAGAUGGAUUCUAGUCCUGAGUAGAUUCCAAUGUCUGUAUACAUGUGUAUGAUUUUAUGACAAGAAUGCAUUUGUAUGAUUAGUGUUUUGUGUUGAGAACUGACUAAAGAAAUGGAUGAUAUAGUUCUUUGGAGCAUGGUAGCAUGUUUCCAGCGUGUUUCUGUUUCGAUUAAUCUAUUAUUCUCUGCCACGACAUGGCAGAUCCUAUGGUGUGGUAAAUAUUUCAUGAGAGUCCAUAUUGUUAGUGAAUACACCUCGUGGUUAAAGUUACUUGGUUGUACUGAGAGUUGACCAGAAUAUACUAUGACUAAUAGUCAAGUACUGCUUGUGAAAUAAUUAUUGUGAAAGCGAAGUGCAUGAAUAUUUUCUCUUUGAAAGAGUAUUGACAUUAUGUUGAACAUCUUGAAAAUCGUCGGGUGUUGUGGAAAACCGUAAAUGAAGAAAUUUCGAUUUCAGAUCUUGCCAGAAGAUAAGUGUGAUUAUUCGUGAAAUAUUCUUAAAAUAA